AUGGACGAAACGCCAGGCCGCUCGUGCUCGUGCAGUGACCGUUUGAAGUCCAGUAGGCUACCCAGUCGUCCGGUCCUGCUUUUCGCCAUCCCCCCCCUCCCCUCCUCCCCCCCUCCCCCCCCCCCCCCCUCUUUCAUUCCCCUUUGCUCCUUCCUCAACUCUCCCCUCCCGUCGCCCAAUCCGCCCCCCACCCAUUCCCCCUCCACCUCCCACCCCUUCCCCGCCCAGCAUCUGCAGCAGUCGCUGGCGGAAGCGCAGCUCCGCCUUGCGCAGGCGGAAGCGUUGCUGCGCGCGCAGGGGGUGGUUCCGCCAUGGGGAGGGGGAAAUGGGGAAGCGGGAGACGAGGACGCGGAGGUCGGAGAGGCGGAGGAAAAGGUAGAUUAUGCGAAAAAGGAGAGCGCGGGAGUAAAGUCUGGUGGGGGAAAUGAGGUGAUUCUCCAAGAGACUACUAGUAGUGGUGGUCUGGAGGAGACUAGUGGGGAAAGGGAUGAGGGGUUGACUCAAGAGGCAGGGCAUGAUGAUGGUGGGGGCGGUGGUGGUGCAGGUGGUGCGGGUGGUGGUGGCGGUGGUGGUGCAGGUGGUGCGGGUGGUGGUGGCGGUGGUGGUGCAGGUGGUGUGGGUGGUGGUGGCGGUGGUGGUGCAGGGAAGGUUAAAGAUGGAGAGGAUUUACAGGGUGGCGGAAGGAGGGGAAAUCGAGGGAGGAAGGUUGGUGGAAAGGGACUGGAGAACUACAGGACUCGACACGUGGCACUGCAGAUCAUGUACCUGGGGUCGAGGUACCUAGGCUUUGCGUCUCAAGGCGUUGCGGGCCCGACUGUAGAAAUGCCUUCCAUUGCUGCAUUCCCUGCUACCUUCCUCCCUGUCCUACUGCCAGGGACGGUUAGUGUGUCAGCUCUGCUGCACACUAAGCUGCUGGUCCUUGCCGCCCCUCCUCUGCUCCCUUUCUUUGAAACGUUUCAGAUGCCUUCCAUUGCUGCAUUCCCUGCUACCUUCCUCCCUGUCCUACUGCCAGGGACGGGCCGGUUAGUAUCAGCUCUGCUACACACGAAGCUGCUGCUCCCUGCCGGCCCUCCUGCUUCCCCACGAGCACCGACGUCCGCCACUGAACCUGCAGCAUCUGCUUCUGCUGUGGACAACGGCAGCGAAAUGGAGUGCGAUGUGACUGUAGCAGAGGGUGACUGCAGCAGCACACCGCUUCAGCAGGGGGGAAGGGGUGUGACUGUAUCGAAUGGUGGUCGCACGCCACUUGGGCAGGGAGAAAAAGAUGUGACUGUAUCGAACGGUCGAUUGGAUGCUAAGCUGCAGCGGAAGCAGAAGAGAGCGGCGAGGCGGAGAGAUGCUGCUUCUACUGAAUGUGAUUAUAACGAAGGUGCUUCUGCUGCUGCUUGCAGUGGAACCGUGACUAAAGGAGGUGUGGUUAUAAUGAAAGACAUUAUGAAGGAUGAAUCGGCAAGAUAUUCCCGAUGUGGGAGGACGGACCGCGGGGUGAACGCCAUUGGGCAGGUCGUUGCACUUCACCUGCGUUCCUCAGUUCGUCCACGUCAGCAACAUCCAGGAAUGACAGCAGCUGACGUGGCUCUUGAAGUCACUGGCAGUGCAACAGCUGCUGCCACUCCAGCAGGCCCAACUGCCAGCCAGAGCAAUGUCACCAGUGGCAGCGUCGCUGUCGACCUGGCAGCAACUGAUGUAGCGAGGAGGUCAGAUGACGUGGCAGGGGAGUCUGCUGACGUGGCAGGCGAGAUUGACUAUGUGGCAUCGCUCAACAGAGCUCUUCCUGAUGACAUCCGUGUGCUGGCAUGGGCUCCUGCCUCUCCUGACUUCAGCGCCAGCUUCCUUUCUACAGUUUCCCUUCAUUCUUUUCCCUGUUCUGUAGACUUCUCUUCUCCAUCUCCUCCUCGUUUCCGCGUCGCAACUUGUUCCCGUAUCCGUUUACCUCUCCAGCGCCUGCUCACCGUCUCUCUGCUCCGUUCAUCACCAGGCCAGGCCAUGCAGCGGGCAGCAGCACUUUUCAAGGGCCGCCACGACUUCCGCAAUUUCUCUCGCAUGGACACAGAAAACAUGCUCUCCCGUUUCCACUUGUGCCCCACGUAUCUGCGCACCUCCCCCAUUCAACACCAGGCCAUGCAGCGGGCAGCAGCGCUCUUCAAGGGCCGCCACGACUUCCGCAAUUUCUGCCGCAUGGAUGCAGAAAAUGUCAAGUCAUUUGAGCGGGACAUCUCGUUUUGCCGCAUUCUGCCCUUCGCCGCGCUGUCGUCACGUGAAGGCACCUUGUGCCGCAUGGGCGCACCAGAGAACGUCAAGUCUUUCCAGCACGACAUCUCUGUGUGCCGGGUUUUGCCCUUUUCCGUGCUCUCAUCCCCUUUUGGGGAAGAGUUUGGUCCAAGCAAGCCAGGUGAAACCCCCGAGCGUCCGUCAGUGUGGGUGCUAGAGGUGGUGGGGACGGCGUUCCUGUGGCACCAGAUUCGGUGUAUGAUGGCCGUGCUGCUCAUGGUGGGGCGUGGGCUGGAGCGACCAGAGGUGGUAUCAGAGCUGCUGCAGGUGAACGGAGGGCCGUUCACCAGGAAGCCGCAGUACGCCCCGCCUGACCCCCACGGGCUGGUGCUGCACCGCUGUUCCUUCCCUGCUUCUCAGAGCUGCUUCCGCAUCCACUCGCCACUCAACUCCCUCCCUCCUUUCCUCCUUCCCUCCCUCUCUUCCUCCCUCCCUCCUUUCCUCCUUCCCUCCCUCUCUUCCUCCCUCCCUCCUUUCAUCCUUCCCUCCCUCUCUUCCUCCCUCCCUCCUCCUUUUCUGUGCCUCUUGGUUUUCAAUACAGGUGGUAUCAGAGCUGCUAGACGUACACGGAGGGCCGUUCACCAGCAAGCCCCAUCAGGAGUAGAGCAGAGGCUGCUCCCCCUCGCUUUUGAGAAUUCUCAAAAGCGUCCCCUGCGUUUGGGUCUACAUCAGUCAGGAGUAGAGCAGAGGCUGCUCCCCCUCGCUUUUGAGAAUUCUCAAAAGCGUCCCCUGCGUUUGGGUCCACAGUCAUCAGUCAGGAGUAGAGCAGAGGCUGCUCCCCCUCGGCUAUGUCCUCACUCCUCCCUCGCCCACCAGAUGCCAAGCGUAGCCACGUGUAGCGAGGUUGUUUUUGAGACGUCUCAAAAAUGCUCCCCCUCGGCUAUGUCCUCACUCCUCCCUCGCCCACCAGAUGCCAAGCGCCUGUUCUGUCAGUCCAUCCGGCAGCAGCUCAAUGCAGCGCUCAUCCGAUGCUCCGUGCUGCAGUCGGCCCUUGAUGUGGCGGAGGCUUCUACUGCUGCUGCUGGGAGUGGGAAGGAGAAGAAGCAGACGCAGCUGCCCCACAUCCCGUUGCACCGAAGGCCUAGAGAACGUGAGUGA